AUGACAGCAUCUCUCGUUGCCCUAUCCAUCGGGCUGUUGUCCCUCUUCGCGACCCAAGUUGCCGCUCAGGAACUUGUCAGCACCAGCACUUUCACCCUUUCCAACACCGACGAUGUGACCUUUCUCUCGGGAACCAAGACCGUCGCAGUCACCCAGCCUAGAACGCCAACGGGUCCCUACGCAACCUACACCUCGAGAAUCACCCUCACCAAUGGAGACCUUUCCACCAUGACCGGGACCAUGACGGUCACCGGCAACGUCACCCAAACGACAACAAACUCCGUCGGCCAAUCUGUCGUUAUCAUCUCGGGCCAGACUUCUGUCGUAACGUCCACCAUCACUGGCAAUGCCACCCAGAGCGAGACCGCCCCGGCCGGCCCGACCAACACCCGGCCCUGCAACAACUAUGUCGAGUUCUGUGACCGCAAGUACAGCAAUGUCACCGAGGUCGGAUGCCACAACUCCCCCUUCGUGCGCCCCGGGAAUUCGGCCUCCAACCAGGCUCUCGACGUCACGGCCCAGCUCAACGACGGCAUCCGCUUCCUCCAGGCCCAGAUCCAGUGGCCCACCAAUGGCACAGUACCACACUUCUGCCACUCUUCCUGUGAUAUUCUCGAUGUCGGGCCCAUCACCGAAUGGCUGACCACGGUGCGUGAAUGGGUCGCUUCUCACCCGUACGACGUCGUCACAAUUCUCCUCGGCAACGGCAACUAUUCCACGCCUGACUUAUAUGCCCCCUUUAUUGAGUCAACGGGAAUCCUCCAAUACGCCUACCAACCCCCAUACCUUCCCAUGAGACUGGAAGACUGGCCUACUCUUUCCCAGAUGAUCCUGGGCGGCAAGCGUGUCGUCAUGUUCCUGGACUACAUGGCGGACCAGCAAAAGUUCCCGUGGCUACUCGACGAAUUCUCCCAGAUGUGGGAGACCCCCUUCGACCCCAUGGACCGCAGCUUUCCCUGCACCGCCCAACGCCCGCCCAACCUGUCCCAGGAGGCCGCCCGCGACCGCCUCUACCUCAUGAACCACAACCUCAACGCUGAGUACAAUAUUUUCGGCGCGUCCAUCCUCGUACCCGCCGUCUCCCUACUGAACACGACGAAUAACGUGACCGGAAAUGGGUCCCUCGGCGGGGCGGCCCAGAACUGUACCCGCGACUGGGGCUUCCCGCCCAAGGUCCUCAACGUGGACUACUACAACUACGGCGACCCAGAGGGCUCCGUCUUCCAGGUGCAAGCGAAGAUGAACAAUGUCACGUACACGCGCGAGUGCUGCGGUAAAGUCACCGGCGCGUCUACCGGAAGGCCGACUGCUUCGAUUUUGGUCUUGGUUUUGGCAUUCGCCUCCGCCCUGCUGCUGGCCUGA